AUGAGAACAUGCCUGGUUGCUUUGCUGAUUUUCGUAGCUGCCCUGGAACGUGCUCUCUGUUUGUGGUGUUAUACUUGCAAUGAUCCCACUGACCGUGACAACUGCAUGACCAUCACCAACUGCUCAGUUCAUGCGACCGCCUGCAUGACGAUGCUGGAUUCAGAGAACGGCUACCCCUUUUUCGGAAUCAUCGCUGGCACCAAAUCCUGUGCCGAAAAGUGUGUGCCGUCUGAUCCAUACGGGACUGAUGACUGCUACCCUGUCUCCUGCUGUUAUACUGACCUGUGCAACGGGGCCGGGGCAUCCCAGGCCACUGCCAGCCUCUCCACCUUGGGCUUCUCUGUGGUCGUUGCCCUCGUUGGGACCAGACUAUGA